AUGAGUGACCAAGGAAAUGAAGCAUCUCCAAUAAAAAACAAUCCUUCAUCUUCGGUACUCCCUCCUAAGCUGGAGAACUGUGUCGCUCAAUUACAAGAAGCAUAUCCCGACUGUGAUCCAGACUAUAUUCGAAAAUGCCUCUUACAAGAAAAGGAGAAUCACCUAGAUAAUGUAGCUAAUAUACUUGCCGAUGGAGAUUAUCCGCAAAUUGAUUCAAAAUCUCGUCAAGUCGUAUCAACCGGUGCUAAUAAUGAUGAUGAUUAUGGAGUGAGAAAACUUGGGUGGAAUCUCUUUAAUAAAGUAACAAAAUCUAUAUCGGAUUAUACCAAUAAUAGUAAUAAUAGUACAACAAAACCUUUGCCUUCUUCGUCAAAGCCCAUUGAAUCUUCUACAAAUAUGGAACCAGUUACCGUAACUCCUAAAACUACUCGAGAUUUACGAAACGUAUUACAGGAUGCCAUUAAAACUUGUCGUUCUAACUCGGGAAGUGUUAUUGACAGCCAAGCUAGUGUCAAAAUCGUCAGCGAAAGUCAAACUAGUUACUGCGACGUCAUACCCGGUCAUUCAUUACAUUUUGUUGGAAAUUUAAAAGGGAUUGAGCUUUAUGUUCCUAAAGGCCAAUCGGAAAC